UUAUUGGAAUGUUCAAUUCCAGCCGCGUUCUGACUUACUACACAAAGUUGACGGAAACGUAUUGGAGACAGUACCUUGGUGACACUGAUCUAGUCCUAAAGGGAUAUCGCGUUCAGCGAACUCCCGGCGUGGCAAGUGGUAGCCGUGAUCCAUCCUCUUACAUCGCGGUUUCGGAUGUAACCACCCUGGUUCCGUUUCCGGGAAGACAGGCCGAGGAUGACGCUGACGUCAAUUCCUUCUUAAAAAACAGUUUGGCCAUCCUCAACUUGCCUCAGGCGUUUUAUUCAGCUGCAGCUGCUGGCUUCAUUCGCAUCGCCACGGACGUUGGACCAAACCUGGCCGGAUUCAGUGGCAUGAUUAAGCUCUUCACUUCCUCAACAGCCAAAGUGUUGAGCAAAUUACCUGCGACUGUCACUGGAACAACAUGCCCUGCUUCUUUGGGUGAAUUUGAUCCCAAAGGCAUCGUGAACACCACCUUCACUUCUUGCGUCUCAGCCUUGACCACCGUCAAUGAGGCUUGUAUUUGGGUCGAGGAAGGCAGUUCCAUCGUGGUUGUGGGCGCGGACAACAAUCAGUACCUGGUGGCACUCAAUCGAUUCAAGAAAAGGUGCCAAAAUCAGCAGGCGCUGUCCCUUCUCGGCUCCUCCAUGGCGUUUGCCGAUCACCGCGAUUACCUCUGCAACAACUUGACCGGGGUCACGUGUGGCACUGCUUUCCCAACAACAACAACGUCAACUGCGACUACGACACCAAACACGACCACUACUCAACAACCAACCACCAAAACAACAUCAGUUCUCUCGACCACCGUGAGUAGCAAUAAUGCCACCACCAUCAGCACCACGUCACAAGCGAAAACCACUUCACGAGCUGGAAAUGAUCCUGUUCCGCACGGCGAUGAUCCUCCGGCAAAUGCUUCUAAAUUCCGGUCCAUCUUCCAAUUCUUGACUGCUUUACUGGCUGGCGGAAAAUAGUUACUUUAUUAUCAUAAGGACUCGAUUAUAUGUCGCUCGCAAGCGAUCCUUGUUAUUGAGACGAGCAAAACGCGGGAAUUCCUGCGAUCAUUUGCGAAAUCUUACUCCACUUGCCUGAUGCUCUGGAAACGGUUACCAGCACAUUCACGCGUGUGCUGCUUUUGUUUGUUUUACAUAUAUUGUACCACUGGGAAUUAUUGAAGCUGCAUAGUGUUGAUCCUCAAUUAUGGUGUGCAGACACUCGAUGUUGAUUGGAGAUUUGCAAAUAUUUUUCAUGAGUGCCGUGCGUUAACUAUUAUUACAUUAUGACCAUGCCUGCACGCGUGUGACGUAUUAUACUACUGACUCCGUAUUGUUGCAUGGAGAUGAACAAUAAACAAUUUUGCCAGUGGGAAAUA